UCAAAACUGAUGGUUAAUGAGAAAAACAACAAGUUUUCUUUCGAGACUUCUGCCGAAGACGUCGCGGAAGCAUUCUCUCGCGAAAUACAAGGGAAAAAUGUGCUUAUCACCGGUACCUCGCUCAAUGGGAUCGGAUACGAGACCGUCAAAGCAAUAGCCAAAUAUGCAAAGCUUGUCGUGAUGACCGGCCACAACGCAGAACGUUUGCAGCUUGCGGAACAGGCUUUGAAGAAGGACAACCCCAGGGCCAAUCUGAGACGCCUCAUUGUCGACCUUUCCUCCAUGGCUUCUGUUCGCAAGGCUGCAGUAGAAGUUCUCGCAUACCCCGAGCCGCUCCAUGUCCUCAUCCACAACGCGGCCGCCCAUUUCGGGCCACAAAUCGCCCUCUCAGCUGAUGGCCUGGACAGCCAGUUCGCAACAGAUCAUGUCGGCCCGUUCCUCCUCACGAAGCUGCUACUCCCCAAGCUAUAUGCUGCUCUGGACAGCAGCUGGAAGCCCCGUGUCAUAUUUGUCUCGAGCCUCGCACAUUCUUGGGCGGAGAGCAUCGACUACGAUCACCUCCUGAAGCCUAAGACAGGCAAGUAUGAGGCAUUCAACGUGUAUUGCCAAGCGAAGACCGCAAACGUGAUAAUGGGCAUCGAGCUCUCCCGCCGUUCCAAAGGCCAAAUUUUAGGUUAUAGCGUGCACCCCGGUGCAAUCUUCACGAACGUACAUAGCAAUCCGGACGUCAUCCCAAUGCUGCAAGCAUUUGGCAACUUGACGGAGGACGGGAAGCCCAACACAGAGAACUUUCAGUGGAAAACGCUCGGCCAAGGCGCGGCGACGACCGUCGCGGCCGCGUUUGACCCCAGUCUGAUCGAAACUCCAGGCGCAUAUUUGGACGACUCGACUGUUGCCAACGCGUCCAUUUCGGCGCACGCGGCUGGCCCAUUGUGGUCUCUGACAGAGCAGAUUGUGGGCGAGAAAUUCGAGUUUUGA